AUGAUGGUGCGCUUUUUACGGAGCGGACUCUUCCUGGCUGCGGAAGAAGCAAGUACUGCCGUGAGCACAUUUACUCUUCCACUGGGAAGCAAUGCAGAGAAUUACACCUUUGCCCUUAAUCUCCCCGAGAAUUCCAGCGAUGUGUACUUCCACCUCUCUGGACCGACCUCGUAUUCGUGGGUGGCCGUGGGGACGGGCCAGGAGAUGAAGAACUCUUUGAUGAUCCUGCUGUAUUCGGACGCCAGUGGAAAGAAUGUCACUGUCAGUCCGCGACUUUGUACAGGUGAAACAGAACCGGUGUAUGCCUCCUCCCUCGCUGUCGAUCUUCUUCCCGGAACAGGCAUCGCGAAUGGCUUCAUGACCGUCAAUGGACGCUGCUCGAAUUGCACGAAAUGGAAUACAGGCUCGUUGGAUUUGCAAUCUACCUCGCAGCCUUGGAUCUUUGCCCUAGGACCUCACUCUGGCGCCAACGCGGUCCUUCGCAGUGACUCCAAGACGGCCAGCAUCGAGCGACACUCGAAGUACGGACGCUUCUCAAUGGAUAUGACUCGCGCGACCGGCGGAUCCGGCGGCUUGCCUGACUCGUACACCAGUUCGAUAGGAUCCAGCCUGGACGGAGGCGUGUCAAAUGACAGCAACUGGCCUGCUGUGAUUCAUGGCGUGGCGCUCUGUGGCGCUUUUAUCCUAUUAAUGCCCACAGGCGUCAUUCUGCUGCGCGUGGCUCCAGGGAGUGUCCGCUGGCACUGGCUCAACCAGACUCUCGCAAGUGUCAUCGCCAUCAUCGGUGUCCUGAUCGGCUUCUGGCUGAGCACCAUGUACACGAGAUCGCAGUCAUUCAACUCGUCGCACCAGGUGAUUGGGAUUUUAGUCGCUAUUGCCAUGAUCGCCCAGUGGGGGAUCGGAUUCUGGCACCACCGGCUGUACAAGCUGCGCCAAGCCCCAACCAACUACGGUGUGUUCCACCGGUAUUUCGGCCAUAUCGUGAUGUUCUUCGCCAUUGUCAAUGGGGGGAUUGGGCUGAAGUGGUCCUCUGCAUCCACGGGUACGAUUAUUGGGUACUCUAUAGCUGUGGCUAUUGUUUGCAUCCCGGUUAUCGGCGCGGUCGCCUGGAAGAAAUGGACUGCCUCUCGUGGCGGCCAAGGCUAUGUUCACCGGCCGGUGCGUAUCGACGAGGCACAGGAGGGAUUUGAAUCAAAUAUCCAUCUCAAUCAGUAUCCUGGUGACCAGUAUCCUCCCAAGACAUAUGGCUAUACGGGGCCGGAACGGUAA